AUGGAUCACAAGGCACCGCGAGUAAAUGCUGCAAGAAUGAGGAGUUACCUUGGAGAGACGAUUAACGGGAACAGGGCUGUCGUGGAACUCGCCGAUGGUGGCGACAUCGAAGUCUCUAUAUCGGAUGAUGGGAACAUUAGAGACAAGUUUGUCGAAAUCGUUGGCAAGGUUGAGACACCGACCACGCUCAAGAUGUUCACAGCGCUGAAUCUGGGGGAUAACAUUGAUAUGGCGGCUGUCAAUCACACCAUUGAGCUGAUGCAUACAGCCGUCAUGGCAGAAUACUGGGGAACCAAGCCAUAA